CCAAAGUUAGUCGUAGUAGCGUUGCGUCGUGAUCCCACCAAUGUCCUCUUCUUCUUUCCUCUCCUUUUCUCCUUCCAUUCUUUGUCACGCACACACACCACCCAAGAUUUCAGUUUCUCAGUUUCGUGCUGCAGUCUAUGCCGGCUCAUCGUCGAUGAUCGUUCCUUUGGUUGACUUCAAACUCUAGUUUUCGUUCCGUCUUCGGUUUAUCGAUUACCCGGAAAUAUUACAGCCUGACGAAUCGUCGAGACUUCUCUGAAUUCCUUUCCUUUCCUUUCCUUUCCUCUCCACUACCGCAUAUUCUCUUCCUCCUCUUCUUCUUCUUGCUAUCCUCCCCACUCUCAAUAGUUGGUCCAGUGUUCAUUAUACCGUAUGAAGCACACAUAGCAACCGACAGUUCGUGCGACGAGUUGGUACCGGUAACUGUGUUUGGAAAAGAAAGAUUGCGUCUUACCUUUAACCACGAAAGAAAAGAAAUAAAAGAAGAGAUGUCUCCCAAUCAAUAUUAUCACGUGCAGUGCACGCCAACCGUCUACCCGGCUGAUCCUUUCAAUUCCGAAGAUGAUGCGACUAUUUUACGAACAGCGAUGAAAGGUUUUGGUACCGAUGAACAAGCCAUUAUCGAUGUACUUGCUCGUCGUGGAAUCGUUCAACGUCUUGAAAUCGCUGAAAAAUUUAAAACGAUGUACGGGAAAGAUCUUAUCUCCGAAUUGAAGUCCGAACUUGGCGGCAAUUUUGAAAAAGCUAUUAUCGCCUUGAUGACACCACUUCCAGAAUUUUAUGCAAAAGAAUUGCACGAUGCAAUUUCUGGAAUGGGCACAGACGAAGGUGCUCUUAUCGAAGUACUCGCAUCUCUCAGCAAUUAUGGUGUUAAAACUAUAGCUGCCGUUUACAAAGAGCUGUACGAUACUGAAUUGGAGGAUGAUCUUAAAAGCGAUACUUCCGGUCAUUUCAAGAGACUUCUCGUUUCCUUGUCGUGUGCAAACAGAGAUGAAAGUGCAGAAGUCGACGUUGCGGCCGCGACGGAGGAUGCCGAAAAACUUUUAGCUGCUGGUGAAGAACAAUGGGGAACGGAUGAGAGUACGUUUAAUGCUGUACUGAUCACGAGAAGUUUCCCACAAUUGAGACAAAUUUUCAAAGAAUACGAACGCCUAGCUGGUCAUUCAUUAGAAGAAGCUAUUAAACAAGAAUUUUCUGGCUCUCUCGAAGAUGGUUAUCUCGCAGUUGUGAAAUGCGCCCGAGACAAAACCGGAUACUUCGCAGAAAGGCUUUACAAAGCUAUGAAUGGAAUCGGUACUACUGAUUCAACGUUAAUACGAAUAAUAGUAGCACGAUCAGAAAUUGAUUUGGGUGACAUCAAGGAGGAUUAUCAGAAAAUUUAUGGGACAUCUCUUGCAGGUGACAUCGAUGAUGACACUUCCGGUGACUACAAGAGACUCUUGCUUGCUCUACUCGGAUGAAAACGUUUCGAUCGUUCAACAUCUCCUUUUUGCUUUUAAAUCGUAUUUUAAUACCAUGGAUGAUACGUAAUGAUUAUCUCUCCUAAACUUUAAGUUAAUUAGUUUCUUCUCAAUAUGAUUCUCACGAUUGAGGGUGAAUAAGAUUUGAUAUAUGUAUGUGUGUGCGUGUUCCAAUAUUUUUUGAAUUCGUUUCGUUUUAUUUUCUUUCUUUCUUUUUUUUUUUUUUAUUUUUUUUGUCUGUCGAAUAAAAUGCAGAUAAUCGCAUUUAUUGAUCAUGCUGACCUGCACUUUAAAAUUACGUUAUAUACGAACCUUUUAAGAGAAAAGAUUAAUCGAAAUCUUAUAAAACAAAGGCUGUGAGUUACUAUAUAUAUAUAAAAAAAAAAAAAAAGAAAAAAAAAGAAAAGAAAACCAAUAUUUUGUAUUUUCAAUUUGCGUUACUUUAUGAAAAUAUCGACUACUAUUUAGUCAUUACGUUAUCCGAUUUAUAACUUUCUCGCAAGGGCUUUGAUAAAUAAAAAUAUGGUAGUAACACGAGGAUUAUGGAUUAAUACAAUUACCAUUAAUACAUAUGUGUGUAAAUAACAAAGUAUACUAAUUGUAAUUUAUUUUUGGAACAUGCAUGCGUAUGUAUGAUAUUUGCCGUGGUGUGAAUAUAUAUAUAUAUAUAUAUAUAUGUAUGUAUGUAUAUAUAUGUAUAUAUAUAUAUAAACACGCAUAGGUAUACGUAUAUGAAAAAAAGAAAGAUUAGUACAAAUUUUCACACACGAUUGCUUCCAUAUUAACGCAGACUUUAAUUUUUCCCAAAAAUCUUUGUUUCCGUUUACAGAACGACUGCAGCGAAGACUUUAAACGCCUUCUGAUCGCACUUUUGAAUUAAUGAAAGAUUACGGUGACUUUCUUCUUACCUGAGAGUGAUUCAAUCAUGCAUCCUUAAUAUUAAGUAUUAAUCAUUCGCGUGUCUCACAAAUGUAAUAUCUAUAUUUGUUUUUAAUAAACAUGCACGUGUGCGAAUAAUGUGA